AUGUCACAGAGGAAGAUUAGAGGGCAUUACACAUUUAAAUGCCCUGCACUGGUAGAGGGGACCACAAGGUGCAAUAAGGCGUGGUCGUACCAAGAGGUGCGCAGACUGGCAGAUUUAUCUGUUGAGGAAAUGCAGCACUUUGAGGACAACAUGGCCCGCAUGGCUGCUGCUAGACACUGCGAGUUUCAGCCAUGUCCCCAGUGCAAAACAAACAUGGAGAGGAAGGAUCUUUCCAACCUGAGUGUCAUAUGUAUCAUAUGCACAGCUGAUCAGGGGGGAACCUAUCAGUUCUGCUGGCAGUGUCAGAAGCCAUGGAAGGGCUCAGCUCCUCGAUCGGACCGCUGUGGCAAUGAUGACUGCAUCAACAGGGACCUGCAACUGCUGCAGACAUGCAAAUCCAUCGACCUGCCGGAGGUGGCGGGCGUCACCAGCUGCCCCUCUAUCCGACUCUGUCCUACAUGUGGCAUGAAGAUAGAACAUAGUAGACAAAACUGCAAAAAUGUUAUAUGUCCUCGAUGUCAUAAGGAGUUCUGCUUUGUUUGCCUGAAACUAACGCGGCAAUGUUGCAAGACCAGUUCACCAUUCAGAAUCUGCCCAGGCGGUGUAGCUCCAAGACAGACUUCUAUUCCGGUAUGGCAGAGAAAAUGAAGGCAAUCCGGUGUCUUAUCUUAAUUCAACAAGAGAUCUUUAACAGAAGUGUUUAAAAACACAAAAAAUCAAUGCAUUUAUUUUGAAAGGUCUCAAUAUAGUCUCCUGGACACCAAAUGUUUGUGGCAUGUAACUCUGCUCCACAAGACAACUAGGUUCUUAUUUGUGGUUUCUCUGCCUCCCUCUGGCUGAACUUUAAAUUGCACAUGACAAAUAUGUUUGGUAUUUACCUCUGAAUCUCCAUUACUGAAAUACUUAAGAUGUUUUAUAUAUACAAAAUGGAACCUGUUUUAUUUUAAUUAGCUUUUUCUGUAUACCAGUGUGGCAAAAUCUACCUGGUAAAACUUAAUUUAUACUCAGUGUGAGAGGGAAUCUUUUAUAAAAAAUAGAUCUGAAUGUAAAUUUUGAUUUACAUCUCAAAUUCACCCAGACAAGGCUAUUGUGUGUCUGUAUCAUUAACAUUAGAAACACUCAUUAAGAUCAAGUAAAUUAAACAUAACUUAAGGUUUUGUGUUUUCAU